CGCCUCUCCUUUCCUAAACGGUCUGACUGCUCGCUCCUGCCCAGAGCUCAUUCCUCUCUGCCCUUUCUCCAAACUCGUGCGUAACGGUAGAGCGGAGGAUGAACUCUCUAGUGAAAUGGGCGCUCAUCCUCUUCGUCCUCGUCUCCAUCAUUCUCAACAUCGUCCUGAUCGGCAUCCAUUCCGGCAGGGCGCCCAAAUGUUCCGCUCAGCGCGUCCACCCGCUGCGGGGCCAGCACGACGAGCGCAGCCUCGUGUUCGCUGACCUCACCCAGGAGGAGUACUUGCAGGUCCAACAGUACAUGCUCAAGCAGAAGGACUUGGACAUAUCCACCAACCAGAUCACCAAGCCGUCGAAAAAUUUCUUGUUUUUAAUAGACCUAUCUCUGCCCAAGAAAGCGGACGUGUUGGCUUACUUAGACCUGGAAACUGGUCGCAAGCCGGUAAGAGAGGCGACGACGGUGGUCUUCUACGGCGCCCGUGGCUACAUUAAGGAGUACGUAGUGGGACCUCUUCCCAACCCGACAUACCACAGAGAUGUCACUAAGGAGAGAUACAAAAUGGACCUGCCUAUCACCGCGCGCACGGUCACCAUCGGGGAAUACGUUUUGCUUUUCCAGUUUCUUGAAAUGGAGGUCUUCUCCAAACUGAGGGUGCUCAUGAAAGAGAGCUUCGACGUGAGUGGGCACGAGGGUCUGAACGCAUUCGAGCAGAUGCCCCGCGGGGUCCGAUCCGGGGACAGAAAGACUUGGAUAUCUUUCUUCAGGAAUAUGAACGGCAUGUACAUCCACCCGGUGGGCUUUGAGUUGCUGCUCAACCACGAGAGCGUAAACGCGUCCAGCUGGAGAGUGGAGCGGCUGCUUUAUAACGGCCAGUACUUUGACACCGCAGAAGAACUUCAAUCAAAAUAUAAUGCGGGGUCUGUGAAGAAAAUAGUCUACAAGAAGGGGCCUAACUACGGUUCGCUGAAACCCAAGCACAAGCCUCUGCAGAUCGGCCCGCAGCUGUUUUACGCCGAGGGCAAGCGCUACAGCGUCAGCAACAACCACGUCCUGUACCUGGACUGGAGCUUCGCCUUCGGGAUCAGCUCUCUCACGGGCAUGAGGGUUUUUGAUGUGCGUUUCAAGGGCGAGAGGAUUGUGUACGAGCUGAGCGUGCAGGAGGCCAUGUCGGUGUACGGUUCAGUGACUCCGGGGAUGAUGAUGACCAAGUUUCUGGACACAAGCAUCGGGAUAGGGCGCUUUGCGCACGAACUGGCCCGUGGCGUGGAUUGCCCCUACGAAGCCGAGUACGUGGACACAUACCGCUACAUCGAUAUCCCACACCCGGUCCGGUUUAGGAAUUCAAUCUGCAUCUUUGAGCACAACAUGGGCCAGCCCCUGCGGAGGCACUUCUCUGACUUUUUCCACAACAGUUACGGAGGGAUGGUGAACAGCGCCCUGGUGUUCAGGACCAUCACGGCUAUAGGGAACUAUGACUACAUGUGGGACUUUAUCUUCUACCAGAGCGGCUCAGUUGAGGCGAAGGUGCACGCCACGGGGUACAUCUCCUCCUCCUACCUGGUGGAGGGUAGUCUGAAACACGGACACCAGGUGGCGGAGAAUGUGCUUGGGAACAUCCACACCCAUUUCAUCAACUUCAAGGUGGACCUGGAUGUGUUGGGAUUGAAGAAUGUUUUCCAGACCAAAGACAUGCAAUAUGUCAAUAUGUCGCUGCCAUGGAUGCCUGAGCACUUCGCUAUGGUCCCUCAGUUGGUGGAGAAGCAACUCAAAACAGAACAGGAGGCCGCUCUACGUUACGACACCAAGACUCCUCGCUAUCUCCACAUUGCCAGCAACAAGACCAACCGCUGGGGUCACCAGCGCUCCUACAGGCUGCAGGUGUUCAGCUUCACCGGGGAUCACCUCCCAGAGAACCAGCCAGAGGAGAGGGCUAUGUCCUGGGCCAGGUAUAAAGUUGCCAUCACCAAGCACAAGGACUUAGAGCAGACCAGCAGCAGUCUGUACAGUCAAAACAACAUCUGGACUCCAGCUGUUGACUUCAGCACGUACAUCAAAGAUGACGAAAGCAUUGAAGAUGAGGACCUGGUUGCCUGGGUGACCACCGGCUUCCUCCACAUCCCCCACUCCGAGGACAUCCCCAACACAGUAACAGUGGGCAAUGGGGGCGGGGUCUUGUUGCGGCCACACAACUACUUUGAUGAGGACCCGUCCAUCCACUCCUCCGAUGGGGUGUACUUUGACCCGGGCACAGAGAACAGCUGUGACAACAACAGGAUGGCCUGCCUUGCCCAAGACACCUGCAGCCCCGUCCUGGAACCCUUCACUUACCAUGGCUUCGAUGGAGUCAUGAAGUUUGAGGAUUAGUUGUGAUUGACUGAGGACUGCUAGGUAAUAGUUAAAGAACCCUGAUGAACACAGAGAUGCGUUUGGGGUUAUUAACAAUCAAUCAAGAUGCUUGUGUCAGUGUUUACUGAGGCAGUAUGGGACAGCAAAUUAUUUGCUACGUGUGUUUUAAAGCCACACCUAGCAAUAAUUUAAGUUUAAAGGAAUUUUGGAAAAUAUGCUUAUUAUGGAUGAGCAAGUACAACAUUAUACGGAUCUGUAUUUUUAUCUGUACCAACUAAAUCAUAUGUAUUUGUAUCCGUACUUGGAAUGGGCAGAGCUUAAGCUAACGUGCAUGGUGCUUAAACAUAAGUGGGCAGGGCUACCUGUAAAUUGUUGAUUUAAGGCUCAAAUUGAUAUGGGUUGAUUUGGUUAUAUUUAUUAGAAAACUAUUCACAGAACAGCUUUAGAAUUGAUCUUCAUAUCAUCAUUUAUUGAUCGUAGGAAUAAGAUAAUUAUUUACCAGAAGAAAAAAAACGAAGGUGCUCUAUUUAUGAGUAUGGGUAUUGACACACUCGCGCAACCAUAAUGCUAAUUCACUUUCUUAAAGAGAGGUUGUACUUAGCCUAGCUUAGCAUUAAGACUAAAAGCAGGGGGAAACAGCUAGCCUGUCUCUGUCCAAACAGCGUACAGUUUUGAAGAGUUUGUUUUCACAGUGAUAUUGCCAAGUUUGGUGCCAUUAUGUAUUUAAACCAAAGCUGUGCUCACAGACCAUAACCCCCUGCUUUCAGUCUAUAAAUUGAAGUUAUUAUGAUUAUUAUUAUUAUAGUGAAACUGUCUCCUUGAAGUUGCAGUGCUUUGGGCUGCAACUGAGGUUGGCAUGUGCCGAGGUCCAUUGUGCUGGCUGCCAUGUUUUAGCUCAUUAAACUAUGAAUCAUGAAUACUUUACAUAGCUGCUGAUGUCAAACUUUUAAAGCAAUUUCCUAUCCUCCAUGUAGCCUUUGGUUUCUAGUCAGAGACUUGAACCAUGCUUGAGGUAAAUAAUUCAUGUCUUACAAUGUUACAUUAUCACAAGCAGUUCAAAAUGAUCCUUUUAGACCUUUUAUGACUUUAUUUGAGGUUCAGGAAUCUCCAUAAAUGCCAACUUGGUGAUCCUUUAACAAGUGGCAUCAUCAGAUCCAAAUAGAAUUUUUUUCAAUAUGUUUGUUUAUGACCUAUUUCUUGCAAAACCUGUUAGCAGGUUUUAGACUAUAGGACCUGUGAAUUAAAAUAAUAAAAAAAAGUUGUAGUUAUUAUUAGGUUAACAGGAACAAGGGCUUUGCCUCCUCGAGGUAAAUUUUAGUAGGAAAUGUGUUACUUUACUUUUACUUACACUGUUACAUACAAGACAUUUCUGCUUUUCGCUCUUUGUGUUUCUUACUGACAAACCACUGUGAUAUAAACUGUGAUGUAAAGAUUGUAAGCUGACACUGUACCGUCAGCUGUAUGUAAAUGUGUGCACUGAUAAAUAUGAUCAUUCAGUCCAAAGCAGGAUCCCUCUUUGAUGUGGUUUGAGGCUGGGACUGCUGAAUAUCUGACGGACAUCUGAUUUAAUUGAUAGAAUUUUGGCUGGACCGCAGCACAGCAGGGCCAGCCCUAUAGACACUGUCCCUGACUGAGUGAUGAAGUUACACCAUUGGCCGUUGCUCUUUCAAAAUGAAUAGGAGCAAAUAGUCCUGAAUUAUGACUUCAGCGUGAGCUUUGUUUAUGCUCAUGUGAGACACUGUGGCACAGGCUUGAGCUGAAAGAGGAAGGAUUGUAAUUAAGUGUAACUGCAUAUAUAUUCAUUAUACAAUUCCUGUAAAGAAAGAAGUCGAGUAUUUAGAAGAACAAAUAUUUUCGAAUGAAACAAAGGUUGAAUAUCCUGUAAGCAAUUUGAUUCUGCUAGUUAAAUAUAAAAUAAUAACUCAGAAAAAUCUGCGGUUUUUGAAGCAUUUGAAAACAAAUUGACAUAUUAAUAGUAAAAAUUAUUUUUUUUACUUCGUAGUUUAUUUGGUUUUAUUGGAAUUUGUGGUAGUGAAGUUCUCAGUUGUAUUAUAAUGAACUAAUGUCAUGCUCGAACUCUUCUAAUCUUCAAAUCAAAAAUUGGCAGGUGCACAACCUGAGCUGCCAUGGUUCGCUUUUGUGUGGAACACUGCAUUGAGCAUAAACAAAGCUUUACCGCGGGGGGCGGACAGGCUUCAAUUACGUCCUCAGGAGUACAUUGGCCGUACAUGGUCCAGCCAUACGUACACUAGGUUUUGACCUAUUGUUUUUACAGUGCAGCAUUCUGAGAAAUGUUGCUGUUGUUGAUGUUUCCUCUAAAAAUAAAAGCAUUUAUUUGUUGAAGAAA